GAUUUUCAAUGUCGUUAUUCGUGCGCCAUCAUAGACUCAUAACGUUUUACUGGUUUGCCUAUAUCGUGUUUGCGAUCACACGUCUAUUGUCAAUAAUAUUUUUAUCGUUGAAAAUUAAUUUUACUCGUGAGUUCUAUUAAUUGUUAUAGUGAACUCGGGCAGUUCAUCGUUUUAUCGGUACUUAUUUUUAAGCAGUGUAUUGAGUGAUCAUUUCGAGUGUUCGUUAACAUACGCGUGGAAAUCACUCUACUGUACGUUUGGAGCGGACGUCGUCGGACAUCGAGAAAAUGUACGAACUACCUAGCCUGGUGAAAAUGGCGUACAAUGCGUGCAACGACAUCGAACGUAACAGGUUUGACUUGCUGAACUCACCCAACAUUGACAUGCGAAAUUGUUGCCAGUCGCUGUUAGAAUUAUUCAAAGUCGACAAAGACCAAGACGAGCGUAACGAUAGGCAGACAAUGUUUAGGCGGUCUCGGUUCGCCGUCAAUGACGAUAUGUUUAAACACAUAUGCGAGAAGGCAGCGUUCAACGGGCACAUCGAUUGUCUGAAACUAGCACACGAGAUUGGCGUCCCUUGGGACACCGUGCCUGGAUUGGCCGAUUUCAGAGGUAAAGCGUGUGAUCUGGCGGCGAAAGUCGGCAAUCUGGAAUGUCUAAGGUACGCCUUUGAGAACGGGUGCCCUUGGGACGAGGAGACGUGCUGGAUUGCCGCGUUAAACGGUCACCUGGAGUGCCUCACUUACGCACGGGAAAACGGGUGUCCUUGGGACGAGGAUACGUGCAGCAGCGCCGCAGAAUACGGUCACCUGCAGUGCCUAGCCUACGCCUUUGAGAACGGGUGUCCCUUUGACGAGGAGACGUGCAGCAACGCCGCGUUGAAAGGUCACCUGGAGUGCCUGGCUUACGCACGGCAAAACGGGUGCCCUUGGGACAAGUAUACGUGCAGCUCCGCCGCGUUUAACGGUCACCUGCAGUGCCUAGCUUACGCCUUUGAGAACGGGUGUCCCUUUGACGAGGAUACGUGCAGAAACGCCGCGUUGAACGGUCACCUGCCAUGCCUGGCUUACGCACAGCAAAACGGGUGCCCUUGGGACCAGUAUACGUGCAGCAACGCCGCGUUUAAUGGUCACCUGCAGUGCCUAGCUUACGCCUUUGAGAACGGGUGUCCCUUUGACGAGAAUACGUGCAGCUCCGCCGCGUUUAACGGUCACCUGGAGUGCCUGAAAUACGCACGGGAAAAUGGGUGUCACUGGAACGAGAAUACGUGCAGCUCCGCCGCGUUUAACGGUCACCUGGAGUGCCUGAAAUACGCACGAGAAAAUGGGUGUCACUGGAACGAGAGUACGUGCAGGGUCGCCGCGGAUAACGGUCACAUGGAAUGCCUGGCUUACGCACGGGAAAACGGGUGUCCCUUCUGACAAGGAUACGUGAAGCAAUUUAAUUUUUGUAAAUUUUAAAGCAAAUGUUUAAUAAUUAUUAUUUUUUUAAAGUUGUACAAUAAAUUAUUUUUUUUUAAAUGUAUUUACUUGUUAUUAUCUUUGAUAGUUUA